AUGUUCGUCGACGCCAUUCUCAACAAACGGCUCCAAAGUGUCGACAAUUACAGUGAGUUCUGUCUGAAGGAUGUCAUGAGAUAUGCGCCCAAAGAGGAGGUGAAGACCUAUCAGGAAGAGCUCGUGAAGAGCGCCGACUAUAAGGAGCGAGAGAUCGCACAACUGUACGGACAGUUCGCUCAGCACUCCUUCCCCUCGCAGUACAUGACUGCCCACUCAUUCGUCGAGUACCUGACCAAAGCUGGUCUGCCGGCGACCGACGCUCCCCUAGUCAUCGACCCCUGGAGUCUGUUUCGCGCCUUCACUCAAUGCAAGCCUUUCAUGACUUUUCAUGAGUUCCUGUUUGGUCUGUGCGCUCUCGAGGCUCGUGUAGUACACGGCGGACACACCGGUGAACUGCGCGCCACUUUCAUGUACUACUAUUACGUGAAACUCGAGGACAAAGACCUGGGAAUGGACUCCGAGGCCAUCAGUCGCGUGGUUCAGGACGUGAAGCGAUCGGUCGGUCAGACACUGGAGGGCACAGCUCUGGAGGAAGAGGUGCGACGAACCUAUCAGGCGAUCGGACUGGAGAUGAGUCAGAAGAUCACAUCCAAAGUGUUCGUCAAAAGCAUUGGCGACAAGAAGUUGACGGCGAUCGGACUGGAGAUGAGUCAGAAGAUCACAUCCAAAGUGUUCGUCAAAAGCAUUGGCGACAAGAAGUUGAGGGGAACCGCGAAACUGUUGCGCUCUUCGGCCUCGCCUUUGGAACAGUUGCGACUCAAACCGGUCUACGAAAUGAUUGCUCUCCAGAAACAAACGCCGGAAGCGAUGGCACAACAGAGCGAUGGUACGGCCGGCCCCUCCAUUCCGGGCACUUGUAUGCGUUGCCGCCAAAAGAAGUACACUUUGGCCGCGCAUUCGGUUAAACUGUCGAGAGAUGGACUGGUGGUCGACCCGCACGAGAACCGCAACCAAUCAGAUGUCCAGCGAAUGGGCAAAAGUCUGCGCCGAAUGUCAGACCAGUGUUUCGUCGGCUCCACCACUGCUAACGUCUUACUCGACAUCCUUAGAGCCUAUGGCAAGUCGGCGGCCGUUAGUGGACAGGGAGUCAGUGGUGGAGGACAGGCAGGUGCGGGCACUCGCGGGCAGAUUGUGGACUGGGGUCAGAGGAAUGAACGCCAGGGUCUGGUGGAGCGCAUCGACCGACUGUUAUCUCAGGCGGAACUGGUGUUUAAGGGAGAGUCGCGUGUAGUGCGGGUGUCAUCGCCGGUGUAUGUCUUGGGCGACAUCCACGGCAACCUCCACGACAUUAUGGUAUACGAGCGCUCGUUGUGGAAGAUGGGACCGACAUGUUUGGGCCAAUCCUUCCUCUUUCUGGGCGAUUAUGUGGACAGAGGAGAGCACAGCGUUGAGUGCAUUCUCUACCUCUUGUGCCACAAAGUCUUGUGUCCCCAGAAGUAUUGGCUCCUCCGCGGCAAUCAUGAGCUCCGAUCAGUCAAUCAGAGCUUCACUUUCAGGAAUGAAUGCCUCGAGAAGUUCGGCGAAAGUGUUGGACAGAAGUUGUGGGAGAAGUUCAACACAGUCUUCGAUUGGAUGCCCAUCUGCGCCGUCAUCGAUGAGUCGAUAUACUGCGCCCACGGAGGCAUUCCCACCGGCGCCACCACCAUCGACGAGCUCUACGCCAUACCGGUGCCACUCAAGGAGGCUGAGGGCGAGUCGCCCAUCGCGUGGCAGAUCUUGUGGAACGACCCGAUCACCAAUCAGGAGUUCCGCGACUAUCAGCAAUCCAUGCCUCCGGAACCGUCCGCUUCCAAUCAGACCAGUGUCAGCAGCACUACCACCAGUCCUAGCGGUGCCACUGCGGCCUCCAAUGUCACCGGAUUCCUGCCCAACACCAAGAGGGGCACCGCCUUCUACUUCAGUGAACAGGCGCUCAAC